ACUUAUGUCUGGAGUCAUUGACAAUUCGUUUAAAUUCAUCAUUAAUAACACAGCUUUGUAAAAAAAAAUUUUCAAAGGUUUCUCCUAAAAGUUCAACUAAAAAUUUCAUAAAAAUACCAAUAAUAAUGAAUACGACAAAUUUUACCAGUGCACUGGAAUAUGCCCAAAUUAUUCCAAUCUACACCUAUGUCAACAUUAUCAGUAGUUUUCUAUUCGUCGAAAGUCAAUUGAACGAAAAUGAUCUUUACAAAAAUAUUCCAACAGUCAAUGCACUCUAUAAAUACUUUGAAGUAAAUAAAAAAGAUUUAGGAAAGAAAUUAGAGUUGGUGAGAAAAAUACUAGCGAGCACGGAUCUUUACGGCUCAAAGUCAUACGAGGACCUCGAUGAGACGUUCAUCAACACUAUGCUCGAGUACUUUGUCAAGUCCCUUGUUUUUCAAAAAUUCAAUAAUAUUUACGGUUUCCUAGCGAAUGUAACAAUUGGCAUCGAUAAACCGACCUAUAUUUCUGUAAUUGAAGGAGCGAGGUUGAAAAUUAAGGAAAUGGAAUUUGAGAAUGAGUAUGGGCCGAAAUCAAAAUUGUCACCAUUGGCGGCGAGGAGAAUAAUGAUGGAGGUGAUAAUGCCACUAUUUCCUGUACACGAGGAAGAUUUGGAAAUUUUUUCGGUUGAUUAUAUCUACGCACAGGCUGGUCUAACUUUUUUCAGAUCGAACGGCAGGAGUGUUAGUUUCUACUCUAAGGCUAAUUCUUCCGAAAUGUAUUUAUGGAAGCAUGAGAUGUAUCAGAAAAUACUGUUCCAGGAAUGCGUCGAAAUGGGACACUUGAUUGAGCAAAUGACAUUGGCUAACAGAAUUAACACCUCGGUAAUAACCGUCUUUGCACUUCCGGCUUUUCUCUACUACGUUUACAAUCAAAGGGACAACAUGACAGAAACAAUUGGCAUGAUAAUGAAUACCCGGAAUCAUUGGCCACAUGCUUUUUUACAACUCUUCACUUAUUUGGAGUCCGAGUUGAACAAGAUGAAGCAAUCAAUGAAACCAACCGCGGAAAGUGAAUUCUAUCAGGCGGUCUCGAAUUUUAAGAAUCGUACAAAAAUCGCAAGGGAGACUAUCCUAAAGUACUGUUCAAAAACCGAGGAUCUCAACGAAAUGAUCGAGAAUUACAAGAAUGAUAACAAUGACUACUACUGUCAUAAUUCUACAAAUACCAUAAAGUUACCCGAUCUGAAGGAAUUGUUCAUGCAACAGAUUGAGAAUCUAAAGCCAAAGUGCAUUCGAUUUGAAGUGCAAAAAUUAAAAAAUGCUUUGGGUGAUGAUUUCAUAAGGGAAAUGAAUCAAGCGUAUGUGGAAAUUUACAAUGGUUUUUAUGUUUUUCAAUCUAUGGGUAAUAUUCCAGUGCCACCGGAACAGAUAUUGGUUUAUCCGAACAUUGCCUUUAAAUGCUACUUUCCAAAGAAUGCCACAACUGAAUAUUACGCUCUCAUAAAAGAAAACACAAAAUUUCUUCUCAUGAGAGAAUCGAAUAAUCCGAAGGAAUUUCGUCAAAAACUAGGAAUUCCAUUUGAAAUUUUUCACCAAAGUUUUUUCCACUAUAAAUACAAGAAUGUUGAUGAAAAAUUCGAAACAUACCUGCAGCAUGUUGCUUCUGAUCAGACAUUCAAAAUUGCUAAAUAUUUGGAGACUACUGGCUAUCAAGAGACGAGGGUCGAAUGGUGGAAGAAUUUUGGUCUGUCGCUGAUACCAUUCUACAACUGUAUUGAUAGUGUUUUUGAUAAAUACCAAUCAUUUGCGUACACUUCGUGUGUUAUUGACUGUAUGAUGAUGUUCCCCUUGGUAUCGACGUAUUUACGAACGUCGAGUUUGGUCGCCAAGGUAAUUGCACUACCAUUACAGGCAGCAAUUCAAUCAUUUGUAAUAAGAGCCUCCUUACAAGGAAUUUUGCGUAAUAUCGUAUCCUAUGCAAGUGCAGGUGCCCAACAAUUGCUGUCAAUCUUUAACCGGAAUUUUUUCAAACAUCUAGGUAUUACUGUCAUUCGCCUUCUGGAUCCAGGCUUUGAACUUGUUUUCAAAAUAGGAACGAUGGGUCUGCUUUCGAUGAAAGCGGUGCUUAAUUAUCUAAGACGGGACUUUGAGUUCUCCACCUCGUCAAUUGAGGUCAUUUUAGCAAAUGCUUUGGUUACCGUAAACAGUGUUGUUCUCAAAAUCGGUAUCAAGCAUGGUCGGUACGUCUACGUUAAUUCCUUAGACAGUACCUCUGGUUUUGGCUUUAGGUACCUCAGACUAGAAAACAAGAACCAAAUUGCCGAACUUAGGAGCAUUGAUUCCAAGGAAUCCCUCUACCUUCUCGAUCACAUCUCCAAGAACAAUGAGCGAGUCUACAAGGAAUUGAAUCCGAUUACUUGGCAAGUGGAGCAAACGGACAUAAUUUUCAAGGAACCAAUCGAAGAGGUAUCAUCUACUUCAACUUUCGAAAUUACAAUUACAAAUGACGACAAUCUAGUUCUAUGCGAAGGCGGCAAUUUGUUCUGCGUCGGCAAGAAGAAAGACACUAAUCGCGAUACCGAAAUCGCCAAUUUGCAAACAAUAGGAAUGGACGAACCAGAACUCUUCUAUGAACUCCAAAAUGCGGAAGAAUUCACCCAUAAGAAAAUUAAAACCAAGGAGAAGGCGAAGAGUAAGUUCGCCAAACUGUACCCCAAUCAAAAUUCUGGAAAUCGUGACAUGUCAGUCUUCGCUCACAACAUGUACAAUCAGUACAUAAUGUCCCCGGCCAUAAAUAACCUCCAAUUUGAGGAUUUUGUCGCUAUUCGUUACUAUGGCACCGAUGGUUUUACCUUAAUUCGUGACGACACGGACGUUGCGAGACGAAUGAAGAACGCAAUCUACAGACUCGCGAUUCGUCAAUCGCGUGAUUUAAUCGAAGAAUAUAUUCCAAAAUUAUUUCGCGGUGAAGUUCGCGAAACUGAGGAAGUGGAAAAAUUCUUUUACAAUGGACGAAAGGAUAUGAUGCUCACGCAAUUUACCUCAGCGUCAGAAGAACCGAGUGUUGCACGAAUUUUUGCUUUGACGAAGUCCCAAACAAAGACGAGGAUUAUGUAUCAAAUGCGAUUCGACAGACCCUAUUUGAGAGCUAAAGUGAAAGAUGUAAUGGCUAUAAGAGAAAGCGAAACAAUUCUAUUGCCGGGAACGAAAUUUAAAAUUGAUGAACUAAGGUGGAAAAUUGAGAAUGAUCGCAAAGCCGGUUUAACUGUUAUUUUGUCCUACAAUUACGAGAGUAUGAAUUUAUUGCAGUCGCAAAUGAAUGUUAUGAGUGAAAUUAAAAAACUUAAGGAGUCGGGAACUACAUUUUAUGUCGAGGAUUUGAAAAAAUAAAAAACAAUUGCUUACUUAAAUAUUUUUUUCUUUUAAAUUUAGAGUGUCGAUUGAGAACUGACGGGAAGAGGUCAUUGAGCAGAAUGGCCUGACCCGAACAGAAAAAGCUGAAUAAAUGGGCGACACUUUGUUUAAUUAAACUAUGGACUUAUGUUACAAGUUUAUUUUUAGUUGUGCCCUGAAUUGACCGAAGAAUAAACUAAUAUUUGUUUGAGUUCACACACAAGAUGGGUAUUACUUUAGACUUGGAAUUUCGUAAUUGACGAAUAUAGAUUUCGUACUGACUUCUGGUACACAUUUGAUGUUGAUCACUUAGAAAUGGAUUAGAUACUGAUUUUUGGAUCCAAAUUUAGGCCCUUACAUACACAGAUCACAUCCGUGUAUCGACGUCCAUAAGGUUGUAAAAAGAUUGCUCAUCGAUGGGUGUUUGUCAGGUUUGCUUGGUAACAGGUGUAGUCUAAUGUUACUUUAAGGUCACACACGUGGCAUGUGACAUUAAAAAAAAUUAAAUUAGACAUAUUUUCAGGGGAUUUCCAGAAUAGCUCUUAGAUAAAAAAAAUUUUGAAUUCGUAUAGAAAGAUAAGAAAUUUAUAACAUAACAAAAAUAUGUAAAUUAUAUUAGAAGGUCCAUGAAGUUUUAAACGUUUAAAAAACGAAAAAUUUUAAUUCUACCAGACCAAUUUUUUUUUCACCCAGACUUAAAGGAAAUGUAUCAGGGAAGUCAGAUGUAUCAUUGUUAACGUGUUUCGACUUCCGGAAGUCAGCCAUCUUGGAUUUAUUACAUUCCGUAUAUAUCUCUUACAUAGAGGUAUACUAAAUUAUCGUUUAAACACCCGCCACCAAUUUUUUUUUCCGCGAAAUUUUUAAAGAAU